AUCAAUCGCUUCUGUGUAGGCCACAGGUUCUGCGAUCAGAGAGCAAGCAGCAGGGCCACGUUGCACCGGGCUGGUGGCUCCCGGAAGAGCUGUCACUCCCGAGUCCCCACGGAGACAAGUCCCCUGGCCCCCAGAUCGGAGAGAUGCUGUCCGGCACGGAGAGGGUGGUGAUGAGGGUGCUGCUUGCGUUUGCUCUUGGAGCGGACCUCUGGUCCUGCGCAGGCUUCCCCGUGUACGACUACGAGCCUGCCUCCCUCCGGGAAGCCCUCAGGGCCUCCGUGGCCAAGGUGAACUCGCAGUCGCUGAGUCCGUACCUGCUCCGGGCGUUCGGAAGCUCGCUGAGAAGAGUCAAUGCCUUGGACGAGGACACUGUGAUCAUGAAUUUGGAGUUCAGCCUGCGAGAGACUACGUGCAGGGCGGAUUCUGGAGGAGAUCCUUCCACGUGCGCCUUCCAAAGGGGCUACUAUGUGCCAACACUCACGUGCAGGAGCACAGUGCAGAUGUCUGCAGAGCAGGUGCAGGGUGUGUGGGCUCGCUGCCACUGGUCCUCCAUGUCCGACUCUGACAGCAGUGAAGAGAUGAUUUUUGGAGACAUGGUGCGAGCCUACACAUGGAGAAAUGAGUAUCCACUGGGCCUCACCCGUGAUGAGCCCAGGAGCCAGCGCUUAUACGAUCCGUCGCUCGAGACCGUGAGAAGGGCUUUUCCCCCUGGAAAUGGAAGGUUCCCGAACUACCAGCGCAGAGCGAGAAUAAGUCCUGUCUUUGAGUGAUGGCCUUGAGGUGUCGCUGUGCCACCGGGAGACAGCAGCUGGAGUCCCUCGCCAGUCUGAUCAGAGCCGUUCUUUCCUGUGGAAUCAGCAGCCGUGUGGACAAGCAUGACUGUGUGGCUCUCCUGGGACCCCUGGACAGGCGCUCACGGCUUUAAGAUGGACUUGGCUGAUGCUCCUGUGCCUUCAGAGCUGGGAUUAAAAAUUGCCAGAGUUCAAAUAUUUAA